AUGCGAAGGUUUUUUCACCAAAAGGUAAGUGAAAAUACACGUAUUUUGUAGCAUUUCCAAAUACAUUCCUAAAAUGUAAUUUAAAGAAUGUUGCUUGAUGAAUAAAAUCGAUUUCUUAAAAAAUACCUCUCUGCGAACAAACAAAAUAUUACUUGCAUUAUUAUCAAUUUGUUGCAUAGUGUGCCAACCAAUUCGAAGCUUCAUCAUCCCCUCGGGAAACCCUGGGCAACCUCGGGACUGGUUGAACCCUCCCUAGGUGGAGUGGGGGAUUUGAACUGAAAGUGUCAAGUCUUUCCAGCGGAAUACAAGUGUUAUAUUUUAGGUUAUUACUUGGACGUGGAUGUUUUACCAAGAAACAGAAACCAUCGUAGAAUCAACUAACAGCUGCACUGGCGGUGUAACAUAUAAACCUUUUAAUUAUGUGGGCACCGGGUAGUCUGUUUCUAUUGGUAUCCAGUGUAUUCAUUGUCUAGAAAAUAAAAAUAAAAUUACACGUUCGCUCAAAGAUAUAUAAAUUUCGUGUUUUCGUAGCACGAAUAACAUCUCACUCCUUCGUUCCACUCACUCGUGAGAUAUUUUCCUUGCCACUCGAACAUAUAAUUCAUAUCCUCUCGUCACCGUGUAAUAUCCCCUAUGUUUAUCCAACGUAACAUCUUUUGAAAAGGGUUAUCAUGUGCUGUGGGAAUGGAGUGUGUAUGUGGUGCGAUUCUUCUGAUUUGGUUUCUACAGAGAGAAACGUCUUGCGUUGGUGACGUCACAUGUACUAAUGGCUGCUGCAGAAGCAGUCCGUGCCUCAAUGGAGGAACCUGCACUGAGAUCUGUGAGCCCACAAGUGUUCGGUACAACUGUUCCUGUCCAGUAGCGUUUUCUGGAAAACACUGUGAGACUCAGCUGAAGAGCUGUCAGGACCACAAAGCAGCCGGGUCCAACUCUUCUGGAUUGUACACAGUCAGGGUUAACAACAUACAAACCUUCCAAGUGUUCUGUGAUUUCAAUUCAGAGCCUGGGUUCGCUUGGAACCUGAUUGAAUCAUUCAGUCUGUCAAACAAAGGUCAAUUCCAGGUAAUUUGGUAUCUCUUUGUAUUUUCACCGUUAUUGUCAUUCAGAUUCAAAUGAUCGACAUCGUUCUGUUAAAUGAUUCGCGGCAGGUUCAUCGUGAAGCAGUAUUCAUUCCCCCCUGAAUAAUUUAUUGAAAUAAGCAGAUGAGAUUGUAAAUAGGUUGCGAUUAACAAGAUUAGGAAGGAUACUUUUGACUUUAAUAUGGUGGAAGAUACUGUAAGAAUCCACAAAAAACUGUCAAGAUUACAUAGCAAUGAGUCUAACUUGUUUGGAUUGUACACAGUAAUCAAUGACAACAGUCGAAAUUUCCAAGUGUUCCGUGAUUCUGAUUCAGAGCACGAGUUUGCUUUGAACCUGAUCCCAUUAUGUAGUUUGUCUCAAAACCUCUCCGGGUAAUUUUCCCAAAACAUCCUUGUCAGAAGGCGUAUCCCUUCGAUUAAUUCUUAUCAAAGAAACGUAAAGGGGGUGGAGAAUUUUCCUCGUGUACCGAGAUUGGACAUAUUGUUGUUGUUUUUUUAAUUGGUUUCCGUGAUUUUCCCGCUAAAUGUUCUCAAAUGACAUUUCUUUUUGGCCUGUCUACCACCAUGACACGACCUUCACUUUCUACUCCCUGUCUUCAGAAAGACAUCGUGUUUUACGAGGACUACCCAGCCAUCAGCGGUGAUGCCCCAAAUUGGCAGGCCUACCUCAUCAAACGACCGUACCUCCUUUGGCUUAGAAAUCACUCGACUCACUGGAGAGCCACCUGCCGAUACAACACAGAUGGCAUCGUAUAUACAGAUUACGCGAGAGCCUCGCUUGAAAAUUUUGAUUUCAUCAGAGACGUACCCACGGUGGUACAUGUCUGUCGACCUUACGAAUAUGUGAACAUUCGGGGAAAUAAGUGUGUGAAUUGUACCGCACGGACAUGGUAUAAGAAAGGAGAUUAUCCUCUCCAUAUCGAUAGUUCUUACCAGGAUGGCUGUGAUUUCAAUGGAAGCAGAACAGACGCGGCUGUGUAUAGCGAGGACAACUUUGGUCUUUAUUAUGAUGAUUAUAUAAAUCCUAAAUUCCGUUGUACUUCAAGCGAGAAUGACACCACUCAGAUUUGGAUUGGAGGCAAGUAAUUUCCUCAUAUAAGAAUACACCUGUAGUUUUCGUUGAAAGAAGUUUGUCAUCUUAAAAAUCAUUUAGACAUGGUUACCUUUAAAAUGUGAUCAGUUUUACUACACGCCUGAUCACCAGCUGAGUAGUUUUGCAAGUAAGCAGUUUACAGGCUCGAAAAAACCUGAGUAGUAAUCCUCGUCUGAUUUCUGAUGCACGUAAAUAUAACAGUCCCUUUUCACUUUAAAUAUGAAAAAUUACAUGGUUUCUGUAUCUCCUUAAAGUAUUAUUACUUUACAUCACAGCUAAAUGAGCAGUUUGCAGGUUUGAAACAUGUUUGCGAGAUUUUUUAGCUCUGCUAGUACAUAUGCAACUUUGUUUUGAUCUAAAUAAGAGCGAGGAGGUCUGUUGAGACAAUGUCAAUUUCCGUAAUUGAACUGUUUACUAACGAAUAACCACAGUCAAUUGUUGUAUUAUAAGAAACUGGUCACUAUUUAUCACCUGAGAGGGGGAGGGGAGGGGGGGAGUGUUGAGAGAUUUAAAUAUUUCACAAUAAAAGUUACCUGAUCCUCCAAAGGCUCUGUAAUAUUCAAAUGAUCCCGCCUUAUUGGCAAUCAAUUUUCUGUAGUCCCCACUCAAUACUCUGUUAGCGACGACUGACCCCCUCCUCUGUAAUACUCCCAAAUAAAUUCCUUCUGCCCUCCCGCCCAGGCAAUAAAUAAUGACUGAUCUCAAACAUAUUUAUUAAUUCAGCCUUUUAAAUUGAGUGCUUCGAGCGCACUUAAACAAUUUCUUGAAUUACGAAUUUGUCUUACAAUUGUUUUAAUAAAAAUAGCUUUUAGCUUUUAAGGGUGAGAAGAGGCCGUCUUUCUACGUUUCUUUACAAAAACAAACUUAAACCAGAAAGUAACUCGUUGAAACAAAAAAGGGAAGUAUAGUAUCAUUGACUUUUUAACGUUUUUGUAAAUGAGAUUUACCAUACAUGAUCUGAGAAAUGCAAAUGUUAUAACUGAAAGGUUUGUCAUUUCUUGAUUAUAAUCAGUUGUCAAUGUUGGCUUAUUUAAUAAUGUUUAGUUGAAAAUAAUGUAUCAAGGUAUUACAGAAGUUGAAUUCUGACAAAGAGUGCCAUUAUAAUCUUCUUCCCUGCUGUAACUGUGAAGACUAACCUUAAAAGCUGCCAAAAAAGAAUGAGAAUAAAAGUUCUUUUUUCGUUUUACGUAAAAGAAAGUUUUAUGUUAGAAUAUCAUUUAGUCUAUCUUCGAGUGUCGACAAGUUACCGUUAUUGAUUCAACGCCAGUAAACACGUAAUUCUCAACGCAGAGUAUGGAUGUGUUUAAAGCCACUCCUUUACAUAAACUAUUUGCAAGAUGUAGAGCUAGUUGGUCAUGUUGUUCUCCGAUUUCGACUUGACCAAACUUAACUUAAUAUAAACUACCUACCUGCAUUGGAUAGUGGGGAAGAACAUUAAAAAAGCUGGUAAAUCACCCGCCUUAUUGUUCGUCAUUUGCUUUUCUGUUGUAAGCAUGAAUGGUGUUGGUGGAUUAAAGAUCAAACUGAACCCUAUUCGUCGUGGUUGAUCACUGACUACCAAUUGAUAAGUUGUUAGCCCUUGUGGCUUCGCUUUGCUUGAAGCUAGUCUAGUUAAUGACUAUGUUUUUUACCUGCCAGAUAGAGAGCUAUUCAAUCAAUAAUCUUGUAAUACAUGCACCUCUAGAACAAUCGAGAGCCAAAUGAUGCCAUCAGUGAAAUUCUACACGAUUGAAAUUGGUUUUUUGAUUGACACUGAUAAUUAAAUUCGCUCCCUAACGUAAGAGCUCAAGAAAUUAGGAUCGAUCUGUCCUUUGUACAUUAAACCAGAAAGAUCUCUCCGGGCCGAAGCGGGUCACGGACGAAGAAACUCUCCUGGAAUACCUUGCUUAAAAGGAAGGGUUCACGCUUUAUUUUGAUCUACUUUGUACAUGGCUAAAAUGUUAGCCACUCUUAGAGCAUCAAUGGUCUGAUUAAACCAUGCUUAAAAAUCAAACAUUAAACUUAUGAAUACGUUUUUUUUAAUUGACAUGAGUGAUUUUUGUAGCCUCAUCAGAGGGAGAUUGACCACUCAGCAGGUUGUCUGAAUAAAAACCGAUUAUCCUCUCUUUUGCAAAAUAAAUUAGAAAAAGAACUUGGAUCAUUCAAUGGAGGUCAUGUCUCACACUUACAACAGCUGCUAAAUAACUGGAAAUAUAACAAGAUCAAUGAGGAAAGCAUUUCCAUACAGUUCAGUUUGACUUGUCCAAUAUUUAUUACAGCUUACAUAAAUUGUCAGUUUUGCCUAAUAAUUCAACCGUCCGAUCCACUUUCUACUUAUAACAGAGACACAGUGGAAUGUGUCCUUGGCAGGAUAUGAAGUAGGGCAAGAACGCUCUCCACACGGUGCACUUUAUAUUUGUAUCUUUAAUUACGCUAUGACGAAAAUUAAAAUGCAAUUGCUGGGUCGACAAUUGAAGUUCGCAUAUAACUCAUGCUAGGCUUUUAGCUGAAAUAGGCUUUCAACUGAAGUAACAACAAAUAACAAUCCAUAUCAAAGGUAUGUGAUUAAAAUUCACCCCCAGAGUUGGCUUUUCUCUAGUGUGGGACUUAAGCAGGAUUGGCAGAAAUCAAACACAUCAUAAAUUAUUCAAUUAGCUUAUUAUUAUAUUGACGCUGAUAUUAGCGUUUAAGUAAUGGGAAUCAUAGGGUCAUAAAUUGAGAACUAGUCCAGCGUUUAAAAAUAGCUGAUGUUUGUACACCUCCCAUACGAUUGGUAAACAUCCAGUACUGCACAUGUGCUUCAUAAUCACCCCCCACUAGUACACAUGAAUGAAAUUAAUGAUCUGUUCAAGAGAAUUCGGAGCAUUCACUGAUGCGUUGCGGUGUGGAAAAGGUAAAAAUGACGGGCGUAAAGUUUUUUUCUGUACUUGUUUUAGCAGUUUUGCAAGUGAAGGGUGAAUGUCUCACAAGGAAUUGUGAAAGGAUCUCGCUUGAUCUACACCAAGAUGCCCAUCUAGACAAAGAGUUUAUCAGCCAUGUUUUUCAUAAUUUUGUCACUUUAAACCCAGCCCAGUGCUUCAUGCGCUGUAUAGGUGACUGUCGAUGUUUAUCGAUAAACUACAAAGUCAAGAGCGACGCUAAAUUCUGCGAGUUGAACGAAGGUAGCCACUUUACCAACAGCCGGUUCAUUGAUAAACAGCUUUGGAUCCGUUUACUACACACUGCGAAGAAAAUAUGUCUCCAAGGUAGUCUAUUUUAAUUCAUAUUUGCAUUCAAAUCUUGGCGACAAGAUUAAAAAAAAAUUCAAGAUCUAGCUAACUUUAUAUAUCUAAUUAUUUUUGUUUUAAAUAAUUUCCGAUUUUCUUGGGGUAAAAGAUAGCAAUUCUGUAUUGGAAUGACCCCGUAAAAGUCACUGAUAUUUUGUUAAAAGUAUUUUGUGCAGAUUUUCUUUAUGAAUGUGUUAGCAGAAACCUAA